AUGUUUUCCUUUCAGGUAGCUUGGCUAAGGUUAGAAACACAAAGCCUUUUAACCAUCCAGAAACAUUUAGUAUUAAAAAGUAGCCGAUUGUCGGUUAACAAUCCUGACUACAGGCACUGGAAUCUUCACAUACACGAUGUACAGGAAUCAGAUAGAGGAGGAUACAUGUGCCAGGUCAAUACAGUGCCAAUGAAGAGCCUUGUAGGGUUCUUGGACGUUGUGGUGCCCCCAUCGUUCAUUGACUCUGAGACUAGUUCCGAGGUGCUGGCCCGUGAAGGAACAAAUGUCACCUUGUCCUGUCGAGUCAGGGGUCAUCCACCACCCACAAUCACGUGGCGGCGAGAAGAUGGCCAAUCACUAAUGUCGAAUAUCUGCCAGUACAAAACAAAUGCAGGCAGAUGUGUUAGUGAUGUCCUUUAUGAAGGAGCUGACAUGACGAUAACUAAAGUUAGUCGGCUCAACAUGGGAACGUAUUUGUGCAUUGCAAAUAAUGGCAUUCCUCCAACUGCUGUAAGAAAAGCACAAUUACAUGUACAUUUUCCGCCAAUGAUAUCGAUCCCUAACCAACUAAUUGGAGCGUCCAUUGGGGAAGAUGCCACGUUGGAUUGCAACACAGAAGCGUACCCAAUGUCUAUUAACUAUUGGACUAAAGAAAAUAGUGUGAUGAUAGUUUCCAAUAGCAAAUAUAUUACAAGCAUACAGGAUAAUACGUACAAAGUGCACAUGAAACUUACUGUUGUAAGUGUAAGACCAGAGGACUAUGGUGUCUACAAAUGCUCAGCGAGAAAUUCUUUAGGUACCACAGAUGGAGCAAUAAAGCUUUACCAAAUUCACGAUUCUCAGCAUUUUAUCAAUGAGGCCACGACAGACAGGACAGAAGCUAUUAAGGGUAAAGGACCUCAGAUGCAAGAUGAUUCCUUAACUAAAGAAAUUGAAGGUGACGUUGAGCCUCCCAUACAGCGACCAAGUGUAUCUGAAGGUGCGUCAAGUACAGCAAGUGCUACCAGGCUUAUCGGAGCAAGCAAUGAAUCUAGAUUACAGCUUUUUUUAAGAAUAAUCCUUUGGGUUACUGCGUAUAAGUUCACUGUAUAUGUAUUUUGCAAAGUAUUUCAUCCCCAGUGAUAAACACUUAACGAAUAACAGUUGAAGUUUGAAUGAUAAUCGUACAUUCGGUGGACUACUUUGAAUUGCGAUACGAAUGGAUGGAAAUCUUAACCUACAGAUAUCCUGAACGGCAAUACUGACUUAAUUUCAAAUAUGUGUUAAACGUGUGUGCUUAAUGUUAACAACCUCUGGACUUUUGGAUACAUCAAAGAUGCUG